AUGAGUCCACUGUCAGAAUUCAUCGAAAUCGCCAACAAACAGGGUCUCACAGCCACGUUGACCCAUUUCGGCGCCACGUUGACAAAAUUGACAUUUCCGGACAAGAACGGAAAAAAUCAGGACCUCGUACUGGGAUUCGACACUAUUGAAGGUUGGUUUUUAUUCCAGACCAUCAAAAUUUUCAAAGAAAUUGUUGCGUGCAGAAUUCAAAAAAGACACUGCAUCACUGGGAAAAACGGUCGGUCGAGUGGCGAACCGAAUCCGGAAUGCCGAAGUGAUUUUCGACGGAAAAACGUAUGAAUUGGAGCAGAAUAACGGACAACACUUUUUGCAUGGCGGAAAAAAUGGAAUCGGAUAUGUGAGUGGAUCUACAAUAUCCAUAUUUUGAAGAAAAGCGAAGUGCUAACUUUGAAUAGAUAUUACACAGUUGUCAAACGUUCAAGCGUCUUUAAAUUGAUUUCAAUCAACAGUUCAUGCCUAGUACUUAAUUUUUGUAGUUUGUCAUUUUUCUCUAUGACCAUUCCUUGGAUUACUGUAGCGCUUUUCCUUUACCUUUUCAAUUUUAGUAGACCUGAAAACGCCCACAAGUCGUCUAACAUUUUUUUCUUCAGAAAACCUGGGAAGUGGUCAGACAUGCUCCGCAAUCCGUCUCGUUCAGUGUCCGUGCCAACGAAGAGGAGGACGGACUGCCCGGUGACGCAAAAAUUGACGUAAGACUGUAGAAAAAACAUCUAAAAAUCUGAAUUUUUAAAGGUAACCUAUACGGUAAACGACCGUAAUCAGCUGAUCAUCGAGCACUACGCCACGUGUCAACGUCCAGGCUUUCUGGCGCUCACCAAUCACGCCUACUGGAAUCUUGACGGCUCGGAUGACGUCACGGAGCACUGGCUCGAAAUGGACUCGGACCAAUUUGUGGAAGUAGACGAAAGCGCCUGCCCAACCGGGGCCAUUCGACCGUCCGCCGGCACCAUUUUUGAUUUCAAACAUGCGAAGCAACUGAAAAAGGCGGGAGAAGCCGGCAAAUUGGUGGAACUCGACAACGACCUGGUGAUUGCCAAAAAAGACCCGCCUGUGACGCCCACCUCCAAUUUGAGGUGAGCAACGUUUUUUCGAAACUAUUUCUUGUGUAACUUGCUCUAUUUUUAAGUGGAAAUCGUUCAAGUAGUCAGUCAAAACAUAGUAAUGCAGUUUUUCAGAUUCUGGAGUGAAAAAUCGGGAAUCGAGCUGUUGAUCACCACUUCCUACCCGGUCAUUCAUCUGUACACUGCCCAACAUUUGGACGUGAUCGGAAAGAAAGGAGAGCACUACAAACCGAACAAAGCGUUGGCAAUCGAGCCGCAAUUCCACUCGGCCGCACCCAAUUUUGUGAGUUUCCACGAGCCGGUGCUUGCAAUUUCUGGGCGCUGCUCUCUUAAAUUUAUGGCUGCUUAGACUACAAACUACACUUGUUAGACGCUGCUUAGACUACAAAAUACAAGCUUUGGGCGCUGCUCUCAUCAAUUUCCAUUGUUUACAAAAAUCGUUUCAGGACAAUUUCGCCGACGUCUCGCUUCGCCCGGAAGAUCGAUACUGCCAGGAAAUUGUCUACACUUUUUCUCAUGUUAAUUGA